AUGAUUUGUUUCGGAUACCCAGGACGAACGUUCCGGACACCGGAUCCCGCAGGAACCCAUUGGAAAGCACCCGUUUCCCUACCAAACCUGCCGGAAACAACAUACGGAAUUCCACCACUUCCAGCUUACCGGAAACUUCCUCACACUUCCAUACAUUUCCAACGAGAUCCAACACAAUCCACAGACUUCCACGCACGGGUUCCGAGCGGAAACUCCACACCAGCAGCCGCCCCAUUCCGAGAAUAA